UGUUUUUUAUUGGAAAUAGUGCCAAAAACAACAGUUAAAGGAGAAUAUGUGUUUGGCUUUGUGCAUAUGUGGUUUCUCGGACUUGAUGACCCGUUACCGGUUUCUUAAUAGUUUGAUUGACAGCCCGUUGGACGAAUGGAAAGAGAGAUAUGGAGAACGGCAAAAAAUAUGCUAAGUAUCCCAACGUUAUAAUAUUUUAUAUUUAAGUUGCUUUAAAUGACACGUUUAGACCUCAAUCUGGAGAUGAAUGUUUUAUCGAGCCAGCUACAUUGUUAACCGACUUUCUUCACACUUUAGCUAUAAAGUGUGGUUCACACUGGCUACAGACGGCCGGUAGACGACGCUAAAGCUAGUUUACGAUUUGGCAGUUAAGGGAAACAUAAUUUACGUUGUUGUUGUUUUUGCUCCUCUUACUGUUGAGAAAGUGUGUUAAACAGUUAUAUAAAGCCUUAACGCUGUCUUAAACCCACUUUCAAAUUUGUGAAACCUUUAUUCUUAUUGUGAAAGUAAAAAAAGAGAAUUUCACUUUUUUUUAUUUCUAUCUUUUUGUAUUACUUUUUUUUUAAAUAUCUAGACCACAUUGAACUGAGUCCAGAUCAAAAACGAAUACCUAGACUGGUCAAAGAUGGACUGGAUUAACCCAGAAAAUACUUUUAAAACAUAACAGUAGAAAAAAAAUGCAAAAAAUAAAGAUUUCAUAUUUUCUUUUUCACAUCUAGACCACAUUGAACCAGAUCAAAAAACACUACACCACAUUAAAGAGUCGUUGGCUCUCUCUAGUUUAGGAUAGUUCAGUCUUGGUAUAGUAGCGGUUUUUGAUCUGGACCCGGUCCGAUGUGGUCUAGAUCGGGAGUUCUCAACUUCUGAUUGUUUAAAGAAAUUCCAUGGACCUCUUGACCAAAUCAAAAUGAAAGAAAUAAAAAGGUGGAGCUAGCACCCAAUCACAAGGAUGCGAGGCCGCGUCGAAGCAGCGACUAUUAGCCAAUCACAGCAUAGUAGGGCGGGACUUAACGCGAAAAUGUAUGAUUGAGGCUGGUUUUACCCCUCAAGGUAGGUUGAGGGGUAGUUUAUCUCGUUACUAGGCAGCGGUAACGGCUCUCGUUUACAAACGUUAAGUUCAGUAUAGAGAGAGAAAUAUUGCUCAGAAAAUGACAAUGUUUUGGGGGGCACGAGCGCAGUGAUGCAAACAUCGUAGCAAGCUAGCUACGGUUUGUUUAUAAUACAGACUAACGUUAGCUUAAACUACAACAGUCCUGUGACUUUCUGCUUUGUCUUCAUUGAAAAUAAAACUAUCCUCGCGACCAUGGCGUCCUCAAGUGACAUUCGAGAGAAACUGCGGAAGAAACGACGCGCCCUGCAAGACACGUUGGGGGGAAACAAACACGAGGACGACAGCCAGGCUCUGGUUCCGUCCACCAAAUUGAGUGAGAGGAAGCAGCGAACUGCAAUGAAGCAGGAACCUCAAAGCAGUGAGGAAGAUCCAGGAGAGACGCUGAAACGCACCGUAAGAGCUCAGAGACAGAGGCGGAAGAAAAGGCUGCUUGACCGAUCUUCAGCCCAGGAUGAUGAUGAGGAUGUGGGGGAGAUGUCCACCAUUCAGCACCGCGGCGAAGACGAGGGAUCGGCUGAAAAGGCAGCUGACCCUGUGGUUUUAUCAAGACCCCCGACUGGGUCUCUGAGCGGUGUCUCCUCACGAAUCACUCAAACUCCCGACUCUCAUAUGGACAGCUUAGUGACACGUCGCCUGGAAGAGCGACUGAGAGCAGCCAGGUCUAAAGGUGAGAGCCUCCAGCAGCAGGAGGCGUCUCUGGAGCCAGCCAGUCGCCUGCAGAGCCUCAGAGACAGAGACACUGUAACCCGGUUUGACCGAGAGGUUGAUCCAGGCAGAGCUGGGAGACACGAGGACCCCCUGGCCCUCAGCAGCAGGGUCAAGUUCAGAGAAGCAGCCAGACGGAUACAGACAGAAAAGGGCCUGCCGACCGCUGAGGAGGCUUACAACUUCUUUACACUGGACUUUGAGCCGGAUCCACGAGAUGGGACCGAGAAGAAGAGCAAGAAAAGAGACAAACGGAGAAGAACAGCUGAGGAGGACAGAGAGGAAGAAGAAGCUGAAGAGCAGGAAGAUGCUGAAGAAGAUAUUCAAGAUGAACAUGAAGACCAGAAUGAAGAAGCUCCACUUGUGCGAGAUGAAGAGGACAAUUUAUUUGUCAUUGAACAAUCGACACAGGACUUCCUGGAAGUGAAGAAAGCAGAGUACGUCGGGUACCGAAAACUUGUUCAGCAGGAGAGCGAGCUCCUCUUCACGCCAAGUUUUCGAACAGCCCCAACCUCCAUCAAACUGCCUGAAAACAUGAAGCCUCGUUACCUGGAGGACGAGGGUCUGUAUGUCGGGGAGAGGCCUCCUGUGUCUCCGAUCAAUGAGAACAUUCUGGAGAACCGCAUCUUGAAAAUGGAGGAGGGAAAGAAGUGGUUUGGUGAUGACGGCAGGAUCGUGGCUCUGCCCGACCCCAUAAAGGAAUCAUCCACAAGACCCCCUCUCUUCCACAUGGAGGAGGACCUGGACCCUGCACUGCAGCCUGUGUACAGGAAGGCGCUAAAGUCCAAGAAUGCAAAUCUGUAUAUCGCUGGUGCAGCGGACCCCGAGGGAGACUACCAGCUGGAUGUGGACGUCUCUGGGCUGAUCUUCUCCCAUCACCCACUCUUCAGUCGGGAGCAUGUCCUGGGGGCCCGUCUGGCUCAGCUGUACGAUCAGUACCUCACCAGGCAGGGUAACAACCUCACAGGACACCUCACUGACAAGUUGAACGGACUGAGGAGUGCACUGCGGAAUAUACUUGAGAUCCACGGCGGGGAGAGCCUCACUCAAGCCAUGCAGCAGAGGAUAUCUGAGUACAGUCUGGAGGUCCGGAACACUCGGCAGCUGCGAGACAGCGAGCAGGAGAAAGACAGGACCCUGCUGAAGAACAUCGUUAAGGUGUGGAAGGAGAUGAAGGCCCUGAGGGACUUCCAGAAGUUCACCAACACGCCCUACAAGCUCUACCUCAGGAGGGAGAAUGUGGACCAGGCGUCGGAUGAGCGAGAGCACGAGGAUGAAAUCUUGACCGAGGUCAUGGAGCUGGAGGCAGAGAUGGAGGAAGUUUACCAGAGAAAGCUGGCCGAGUACAGGAAACAGCUGGAGGAGUGGAAGCUCUGGAGAAGGAAACAGAAAGCCAAAAAGAAGAAGAGAAAAAAGAAGAAGAAAGGCCAGGCUCAGGAUGACACGGAGGAGGAUGAAGAUGAAGAGCAGGAGGCGAGUGAAUCAGAGGGGCCCGCUGAGGAAGGCCCCCAGAAGCCGGAGCCUCCGGAGAAGCCCGAGUUCGACUCUGUGGAGCAGCGGGUCAGAGAGAAAGCCUUCAGGAUACGAAGGCAACCCGGAGAGUCCAUCCUCAUCCCGGAUCUGUCUGCAUCUGGAAACAUCACCGCCACUGAGCUCUGCCCCAGGCCUGAAAUAGCUCGUAGGGAGGAUGUUUCACGGCGCUCCCUUUUCAUCAAGAUCCUCUACAACAACAAAGAAGUCUCCAGAACGGACGGCCGCUCCCUGAACGCUGACUUCAGAGUUCACUUUGGACAGAUUUUCUAUCUCAAGAUACUCAACUGUCCCCAAAGCAUCAAUCUGCAGGUGUUUGAGGAGAUGGGCUCGCCAUGCUCCCUCCUGGCUCAGGUGUUUCUUCCGGUUCCAGAGCCCUCAGUGGUGACGGGCAUCGUCCCUAUCGAGGAAUAUGAGUUCAGCAGCAACCAGAGAGUGAUGUUUAACCACGAGGGCGUUGGAAGCGACGUGCCGCUCUCCUUUGAGGCCGACGGCGGUAACAAACAGACCCUGCUGACCUCCGGGAAGCUGUCCUGCUGUGUUUGUUGGGGGUCCGGGGAGGACGGCGUCCCACUCGCCCCUCCGGCGUCUCAGCAUCCUGGCGGCGCACACAGCGGCCUCGGCCGUCUUGAUGCGGUCACAUUUAUUGGGGCUUCUGGUCUGUACGACAUGAAAAAAAUUGGCGAGUGGGCCACACAGUCACGACUGGACCCCAACGAUCCCAAAAACGCCUCCAUCAUGCAGCUGCUCAAAGUGGCCAGCAGCGGAGAGGUGACGGCUCCGGACUACUUCCGUCUGGAGCAGCUGCAGGAGGAGUUCAACUUCGUCACCGAUGAAGAGUUGGAGAGGUCCAACAGAUUUCGGCUGCUCCGUCUCAGGAACCAGGAGGUCGCAGAGUUUCGAAGUUACAAGUGUGUUCCUGCUGUGGAGAGGGAGGUCACUGACAAGGUGUUCCAGGAAUACGAGAAGAGACUGAAAGAAGGAGAGAUAGUCGACACGAAAGAACAUCUGGAUUCACACAGAGCCUUAGUAGCCAAAUACCUCCAGAAGAUCCGAGAGUCGGUCAUCAACAGAUUUGUUCUUGCCAAACAUCACUUCCUUCUGUCUGACCUGGUGAUAGAAGAGGAGAUCCCAAGCAUCGGGAUUCUGGGAAUGAACCUUUUCAAGCUGGCUGAACCAAAGCGUCCGCUGAAGCCUCAGAGGAAAGAGAGGAAGAAGGUGACGGCUCAGAAUCUGUCCGACGGAGACAUUAAGCUGCUCGUCAAUAUCAUGAGGGCCUUCUACAUCCCCGUCCGCCGGCCGCAGACCAAUAAACCAGGACAGUCUCAGAGUGCCAUCCAGGGCAGCGACUGGCUCAUCAGCCAGGUACAAGUGAGGCCCUUUGUGGAGGUUUCCUUCCAGCGCACAGUGCUUCAAACAACCACAGCCGAUGGACCGAACCCCUGCUGGAACGAGGAGCUGCAGCUACCGUUCAGGUGACAGCCGUGCAUCUCUUAGCCUGUCUUCUCCUUUUAUGAUCAAUGUUUACGGCUGUGUUUUACAGCUACGGGCUGCUACUGGUGGCCAAUUCCUAAUCAGCUUUAUCCACUGAAAUACCUUUGCAACAUUACGACUCUUUUCAGAUGUUAUUGUGCACUUAAAGGGAUAGUAGUGAUGUUUAGAAGUGU